AUGAAUGGUGUCACAAUUAUUCAAGGUAACACGGGUAGUGGAAAAUCGACACAAAUUCCUCAAUAUAUUUUAAAUGAUUGUGUUGAACGUGGUGAACCAUGCUCAAUUGUUGUUACACAACCUCGACGAAUAGCUGCCGUUUCUUUAUGUUCACAUGUUUCAUCUGAACGUGAAUGGGCACGCGGUUCGACAUGUGGCUAUCAGCAUGGUGUAAGACAAGAACGAAAUGAAUUAACAAGAAUCUUAUAUUGUACAACCGGAGUUCUUUUACAAAAAUUAAUUUCGUUGAAAACAUUAGUUGGAUUUACACAUGUCAUACUUGAUGAGGUCCAUGAACGUGAUCAAGCAAUGGAUUUUCUGUUGAUAUUAGUGCAAAUAUUAUGGCGUAAAAAUUCUCCCAAUGUUAAAAUCAUACUUAUGUCAGCCACAAUCGAAAUUGAUAAAUUAGCAGAUUAUUUUAAACAAGUACUCAAUGAGAAAGUUGUACCAGCUGCCGUUUUGACAAUUGGUGAUCGAUUAUAUGAUGUACAAGAACUAUAUUUAGAACAUUUAUCAAAGUUAGGACCAGUUCCAGAUUUAAAAAUAUUUGAACCAAGACUAGCACGUGAAGCUAUUGAUGUUGUUGUGAAAUUGUUGAAAGAAUUGGAUGAUGAUGAUGGUUUGAGUGGAGUUGAUUUUUCAUGUAAUUUACCGGUUCAACGUGGAACUGUUUUGAUAUUUUUACCCGGCCUUUUAGAAAUACAAACUGUUCAUGAACAUUUACGUUAUCCGCGUGGAAGACCAACUCAAUAUUUAGAAGAACAAGAUGAAUGUACAAAAUAUCAUUAUGAUGUAAUACCAUUACAUGCUGAUUUAUCUAUGGAUGAUCAACUUUCAAUAUUUCUACCAGCUAGAAAAACAUACAGAAAAAUUAUAUUAGCAACAAAUUUAGCUGAAAGUUCAAUUACAAUUGCAGAUGUUCGUUAUGUCAUUGAUUUUUGUUUGACAAAAGAAAUGGUCUGUGAUCAAGAAACAAAUUAUUCUUGUUUACAAUUAGUAUGGGCAUCAAAAGCAAAUUGUGAUCAACGGCGAGGUCGUGCUGGUCGAGUAUCUGAUGGCAAAUGUUAUCGUUUAGUUAAACGUAGUUUAUAUAAUCAAUUACAACCAUUUCAAAAGCCUGCUCUUCUUCAAGAAUCUCUCGAUCGAGUUGUAGUACAAGCAAAACAAUUAAAUAUUGGACCGCCAAAAGCUAUUUUAGCUUUGGCUGUUGAACCACCAAAUAUUAAUGAUAUUGAAUUAACAAUAUUGAAGCUAAAAGAACUUGGUGCAUUAACAGUAAGAAUGGGAAGUGAAGAAAUAAUAAAUCCAUUUGAUGGUGAUUUAACAUUUUUGGGACGUAUUAUGGCUGCAUUACCAAUUGAUAUUGAACUAUCACGUUUAAUUGCUCUUGGACAUGUAUUUGGCUUAGUCUAUGAAACUGUUAUCAUUGCUGCAGCAUUAUCGACAAAAAGUGUUUUCAAAAUUUAUUACAAAGAUCGUUUACAGGCAUAUAAGAGUAAAUUUGCAUUUGCCUCUGGCACAUUUUGUGAUUGUCACGCAUUUUUAAAUGUGUAUAAGGCAUGGCGUUUUCAUACCACACAAUUGCAUUUUCGAACAGCUGAACGUGAAAGAAAAUGGGCAAAUGCACAUAAUAUCGAUGUCAAACGUAUUGCAGAAGUACAACUAUUAGUUGACGAAUUGCGUAAUCGUUUACAAUAUUUAAAAAUUUUUGUACCAAAAGAGUUCGAUGCCGAUCGCUUUUAUCGUCAUCGUAAUAAUCGUGAUUCAUAUACUAGUGAAUUGAGAGAGCAGCUAGAUCAUCUUGGAUUAAAAAUUAUUCUUGCUGGAGCGUUUUAUCCAAAUUAUUACAUACGCGAGCCAAUUGAUUCAGAAGUUGUUGAUCGAGAAUUAUCAGGAAAAGAUCCAACAAGAACGAUUGUACUCCGAAAUUUGCCCGUAAAUGAGGGUAUUCUAUACAAAGGUCAAAUUGAACAACAAUUAAAAGCAUUAGUCGAUGUUGAUGAUAUGAAAUUAACAUUUGAAAAUACGAAAGCAUUUGUCGAAUUUGCAGCUGCUUAUAUGACUAAACAGAAAAUAAAUCCAUAUGAAAUACCAGUUGAAUCAAUCAUUACAACGGAAACAUCGAAUACGGCAAUCGUACCGGCUGUAUAUUUUGCCAUUAAAGCUCGAUCAACUAGUCAUAAAAUAGUACUACAAACAUUCGAAAGAUCAGCUGCUUUGGCACGUGUUGAACGUUUGCGUUUACUAAUGUCUGGAUGUGACGAUUCAAACAGUUAUAUUCGUGAAAAUCGAGAACAGUUGAAUGAACACAAGGAUGCUUUUUUAAAUGUAGCCAAACGUCAAACUAUUUUCCCUACAUUACCUCAACUUAAACUUCCCGAUAUCAAAACAAAAGAUGUGACCAUCCAUGUAUCGACUGUUGUUGAUGUUAAUCAGUUUUGGGCACAAUAUGUUGAUCGUGAAACUGUCAAACAAUUAGCACACAUCACAAACGUACUCAAUGAUCCUAACCGUUCAAUAAAACCAAUCACUCCGAGUCAAGUGGAAAUUGGUACAUUUGUGGCCGCUCCAUUCGUGUUAAAUCAACGUAAUGCAUCAUCUCGUCGUGUUGUUUAUUAUCGUGCUCGUAUUCUUCAUCGAAUCGAUAAUGUGACAGUUGAAGUGUUAUUCAUUGAUUAUGGCAAUGCCGAACAUUUAUCCAUUAACACGUUACGUCAGUUAGACCGUGAAUUAUAUAAAAUACCACCAUUAGCGUUCGAAUGCCAAUUAUGGGCAAUUAGACCAAAUGCAGCUAAAUAUCCUAAUGGUCAAUGGGCCGCUCAUGCUAUGCAAUUUGUUUGUGAUCAAAUUCUUGAACGUGACGUUGAAGCAGAAAUCAAAGCUGUUGUUCGUAAUAUUGUGAAAUGUGAUAUCGAUCUUGAACCGAAAGGCUCUUCACAAAAUCAACAUGUAGCAUCAAUAAAUACAAGAGAACAUCCGCAAACACCACAAAAUAUGCGAAAAACACUUCGAAAUAUGUUAAUUAAUCGGCAAUUUGCAGAGCAGGCUGAUGAAGAACAUGUGUUUGAUCGUGAUUAUCGUUUUCGUAAAGAUGCACAACGUUUUGAUUCACAAAGUAUCGAUCUUUCGUUUUCCACUGAUCCAUCCAAUCGAACGAUAACAACCAUGGACGUACCAAAAGAAUUAUGUGAAAUAUAUGAACGAAAAGAAAUUGGUCAACCAAUAACUCUUACAGGUCCAUUUACACCACUUGAAGCAAAUCAUUCAUCGUGUCAUUCAGCAACAAAAAAUCGCCGUGUACAAAUUGAUGGUGAUAGUGUUAAUUCAGUAGGAUUAGAAGAAGAACCGCAUUCAAAUUUUCGUCGUUUAUUAGUUGCUGUUGGUGUUCAUUUAUCACAAACUCGUCAAGUUGUUUCCUUGAGACACACCACGUUAAUGCCUAGUAUUAGAGGAUUACCGGCUCUUAUUGCCAUGUUAUUUGCGCCAACAAUCGAAUUACGAGUUGAUGAAGAACGUACAAAAAAAAUUGGUGUUCUGUGUGGUCUUGGCUAUGAUCCACAAACAGAUGAGGCCUUAUAUCCUGAUCAUGAUAUGGAUAUUGCAUUUGAUGUACAUAUGACUACAGAUGAUCUAACAGAUAUUAAUGAUUUAAGAAAACUAAUGAACCAGGCAUUAAGUAGUGAAGAUAUUUUACAUCAAAGUCAUAGAAAAGAUAUUGGUCAAAUUAGAAAAGAUGCAUGGCAUGCACUAGAACGACUAAUGGAUCGUCCUCGAAUACCAUUAAAGCAAAAUUAUUUUCAAAAUUAUCUAUGGAAUCAAAUUCAUCCAGAUGAUCGUGUACCAAAGAUACUGGAAGAUAUGGCACCUGAAAAAUGCAAAUUAUUUCCGUUACACGAUGAUGUUAUGCUUAGAACACUUGAAAUUGAUGAUGAAUUUCGAAAUAAAAUGAUGUACCAUUUGAUUUGGUUAAAAGAAAAAGCAACAGUAACGCCAUUAAUCUGUGAUAUAACAUGUGAUUUGUGCAAUGUUGAAUUUCGUUUCACGUCAGAUUUAUUUCAACAUCUUAGUCAACCACCACACAGACUACUUGUCCAAAAAUUAAAAUUGCAUAAUUUAUAA